CUGUGCAACUCGAUCUUGUGCGUUUUAUUUUAUUUGUGUUUCUACCUUAACUCUUGCUAAGAUGUUCUUGCGCCUCACUUGGCAAACCAACUAGCUUUAAUAAACACAAGGAUAAUGUCGAGGCUAUGCUGGCGAUUUCGACGUCGCUUAUCACUGCUGCUGCUUUGCUUUCUAACAGUGGCGCCAUUGCGACCCACGCCCACUGCAAUGGCCCAGCAGAGUGAGCAGGAGUCGUCUUGGCGCUUGGCGCCAAUGUGGAAAAGCGUUUACCAAGUGGAGCAGCAGCGCAGCGGAAGUUCGUUGCCGAAAAUUGCAGCAGCGCAGGAUGUGGCGCCCGAAUUUGAGUAUGACUGGACAAAGGCUUUUAAUUUCCACAAGUAUCCGCUGUCCUUGAACCGACGCUUUCGUCAGCGCUAUAAUAAAUAUCUGAAGGAGUUGCAGGUGCGACAGCUCUGGGUGCAAUCUCCGGCUGCAAGCAAGCGCGACUAUAGCUUGUGGCCAAGCAAAAAGAAACGCGAGCCCAAGUAUAGACCUUCCAUUAGUGCUGGAGUGCUGACGAAUCUGGGCGAGUUCUUCAAUCAGCUGCAGGCCAAUGUGCGUUUUGCCGAGCAGUACCAUCAGCUGGGUGAAUCCGACACACAGCUGCUGGAGGGUGUGCAUCCACAUCCGCUGGCUGCGCCGGCAGCGCAAGAGGACAACAGCUUCGAAGAGCCACGCGCGCCAUCCAAGCUGCGGCAGUCCAUGAACAGCUAUGAGCCGCCGCAGAAAAUACGCUCGCUUGUCUCACGCAAUCCACAUGGCUAUCGUGGCUCCCAGCUGGUCGAUCCCAGCUAUAUGUGGCUCGGACUGGGCUAAACUAACAUCGAUUGACUUUGACUGCGCAAUGCAAUAAGUCCCAAUAAGUUUUGACUACCUUUUAGCUUC